CGAUGGACGAGGCCAACGUGUACACGCGGGACGAGACCGACGCCGACGUGCUCCUGAGCUCCGUGGGCCAGCAGGUCAUGAUGGCCUGGGAGCGAGACUACAUGGAGCAGUGCGUGGAGCGCCUCGCCAUCACGCCGGCAAGCGACGUCCUCGAGAUCGGCUUUGGCCUCGGCUACUCGGCCACCAAGAUCAUGACGUAUUCGCCCAAGACGUAUACGAUCAUCGAGUGUGACCCAGUCGUCAUCGCCCGCAUCAAAGCAUGGGCGCACAGCUAUAGCAACGUGCGCAUCGUGCAAGGCACGUGGCAGACGCAGCUGCCCGCGUUGCCCGCCUUCGAUUGCAUCUUCUUUGACGACUACCCACUGCCGCAGAACGAGCGCGAUGAUGCCAGCCAUACGAUCUCGCGCUGGUACGAGUUUUUAGACCUCGCGCUCAACUGGCACACCAAGCUCGAUGGUCGCAUCACGGGCUACCUCGCACGACCACUGAACCUCGACCGUCCUGGCUGUACGGUCUCGCUGCGGCCGAUGCAGGUCGACGUACCAGCCCACUGCUCGUACUUUCCGUAUCAAGAGGCGCUGGUACCGCUCAUCACCCGCUGCGAAGAGGUGUCACCACAGAUCACCGCCUAUGGCCUUCCGACGCGCGGCGGCGUCGGUCCCGUGGCCGUCACACACCCCAAGCUCAUUGCGCUGCGGUAG